GUGCUAGGGCUGCCUAUAAAGCUGAUAUGGAACCCGGCAAGUCUUGCAUUCACCAGCCCGUGGUGUGCAUUGCUACGAUGUCUGACAGCACCGUCAUUGGAUUCGUCCUCAUUGCUCGUCACGGCGACCGCCACGAAAAUUUCCAGAACCCAGAUACUUUCGCGGUAUCUCAGACAGCCAUUACACCGCUGGGAAAGCAGCUCAGCAAUUUCCUGCGAUCUGUGUACCUCGACCGAAGCUUGCCCUCGUACAUCGCAGGUAUCUCGCCUUCCACUUCAAUCUUCAACAGCACUGGUCAGGUUGCAGUGUACGCCGACAACGACUUCCCGAAUGACACGGUCAUCCUGGAUAGUACCGCGGCUCUAACGCAGGGCCUCUGGCCAGCGACGCCUCUGCAGAACAUCACCCUGGCUAAUGGCACGACCAUCGUCAAUCCACUGGGAGGGUACAAAUAUGUCCCAGUCAACGGAAUCAACCCUGAUGAGAAUGUCUCCCCUAAAGGGACGACGGACUGUACGACCUUCCUUAACUGCGCACAAGUCCUGUACAACUGGACGUUGUUUCAAGAAGUGUCUACAAAUGCCUCGGCGUUUUUCGCAGCACUUCCACCAUAUGUUGGAGGCCGGCCGAUCGAGCUUGAGAAUGCCUGGAAUAUCUUUGACUACAUGAACUUUCAAGCUUCAAGACGUUCACAACGCAACCGGCUCGAUGCCUCGUGUGCCUCCCCUGCCCCAAAGCACGAGGCACGAUAA